CUCACACACGUACACCCCAUGUAUUCAAUUUGAGGUAGUUUCCUGUGAUUGGAAUCAUUAUCUAAUCAGCGUCUAACAACCGAAUUUUCGACUGACGCGAGGAGUCGGGACAUUAUCCGGUGCCUCUCCCACCCAACUGCUAAUACAUUUUCGUUGCGUGUUAAUUAAUUACUCGUCAUUAUGUCCUUCCUCUGGUGAAUCACCAACACCCUGAGCCGUUGUAUCCAUGUCGCGUUGUCUCGUACACACAGAUCGAUUUCGCUGGCUCCGGGAGUGUCAAAAGUCUCGUUAUGAUUUUUAGCAUCUUCUGAGACUAGUGAAGAGGCAAUUUUAGGCGGUCGUUCGUUCGGUAGAUCCGUAGAGUGAUUUUAAUAGGCUCGGGGGAAUAUGCAGAGUGUCAUCAAUUCAGUCAAAGGCACUGCUCUAGGAGUCGCCGAGUACCUAACCCCUGUACUCAAGGAGAGCAAAUUCAGGGAGACUGGCGUGCUGACACCCGAGGAGUUCGUUGCUGCUGGUGAUCAUCUGGUGCACCAUUGUCCCACCUGGCAGUGGGCCACGGGGGACGAGGACAGAACUAAGUCGUAUUUACCUAAGAAGAAGCAGUUCUUGCUUACGAGGAAUGUGCCCUGCAGUCGGAGGUGCAAACAGAUUGAAUACUGUGAUGACCAAGAACGUAUAAUUGAGGCUGAUGACCCAGAGGGUGGGUGGGUCGAUACCCACCACUAUGACACCAGUAUUGGAGGUAUCGAUGAGAAAGUAUCUGAAAUGACACUGGAUGAUAACCAGUCGCCAACAUCGGGAGCCCCUGGAGAGGAUAAUGCAGACGAUGACGACGAAGAUGAUGAGGAUGCUGCUGACAUGGAGGCUUUCGAAGUCAGUGGAAUGCUCGAGGAGCAAGACAAGUAUGCAGCAGAGAGCACUAAAAAACCUGUGAAAGAGAAACGUGACAAUUUUCCAGAGGGCGAAAUAAUCCACACGAGAACGUACGAUUUACACAUAACUUAUGACAAAUAUUAUCAGACCCCGAGGCUGUGGUUAUUCGGCUACGAUGAGAAUCAGAAGCCGCUGACAGUGGAGGAGAUGUAUGAAGAUGUCAGUCAGGAUCAUGCGAAAAAGACAGUGACUAUGGAGACUCAUCCGCAUUUACCUGGCCCACCGAUGGCGUCUGUUCAUCCUUGCAGACAUGCAGAGGUGAUGAAGAAAAUCAUAGAAACAGUGAUGGAAGGUGGUGGUGAGCUGGGCGUGCACAUGUACCUUAUAAUUUUUCUGAAAUUCGUGCAAUCGGUUAUUCCAACGAUCGAGUAUGAUUACACUCAAAACUUCAUGCUUUCAACGUCGGGCUAAUUCGAAAGGACGAAUCUAUUCCUGAAUAUGUGGCCAUCAGUGCGAAGAAACGCCCAUUUUUGAUGGAUUCACUGGCGAUCAUGGCUAGAAUUUCCAUGGGAAUCCUCGACGGGAAGAUUUGCUCCUGCGGAUGGCGAUAUCCAAUCAAUAUUGAUAACAGAACACGUCGUGGUUUGGAGAAAAUACAUUUUUACGGAUUUGUACCACUCAGCAUUUUAUUCAGCAUGGAUUAUCGGGUGUUAUUUAAUUUUUAGCUGAAUUGUCGUUUCACUGGUGAUGUGGUAAAAACGUAAUGAGUGAAAGAUUCUCGUUGUUCUCAAUUUAAUUUACAUUGUCGAUUGGGCGAUGGUCUCCAAGUGAUCUCGAAGUCAAGUGAUUUUAGGAGAAGAUACUUUUUGCAGCUGAAUAAAUUUUUAAUGAAGAAUGGCGUUUGAAUUUUCUGCUAAAAUCGGUCGGUUUUCGAUUAUUUUGUUUUUACUUACAACAUUGCAAGAAUCAAUUUGUAAUGAGAUGAAUUCAGCAUUUUUUGUUGAUUGGGCGUUCGUGGAGAGAUCAAGUGAUUUCACAAGAAAAUAUAGGAGUUGUGAAUUUUUAAAGGAAAAUAUCUUCGGACAUUUCUCCUAUCGAUGUUCUGUAGAUCGAAAGUUUUUCAAUUCUGCUUUUAAAUCAAACUCAUUGAUCUUAGGAGAAAGAUUCAAGAGACUAAAGAUGAAAUAUACAGCGAAAAAAUCGCUCAAUAAUUUAUCUCUAAUUGUGUUAUCGAGAUAAUUCAGCAGAAGACAUUACGAAUUGAUUUGUAAUCAGUCAAAUCUGUGCAAUUAAUUUUGUGAAUUGUUCAUUCAUCUCGGAAACGAGUGAUUUCAGGAGAAAAUGUCAAGGGAUCAUUUUUUCUGGCUGAAUAAAUGUCCCAUCAACAACAAUUUGUUGACAUUUUCUCCUGAAACUACUCAUUAUCGAGAUAAUUGAAUAUUCAAGGACACAAAAACAGUUUAAAAAUCCCCCGAAUUGGAAUAAUCAGAUAGCUUAAUGGCCUUUGAAGAAUUUUUACCAAAUUUUCCAUUAAAAAAAUGCAAUGAGUUUAGUAAGAAAGUUUUUAAGUUUUUAAGUUGAAUAAUUGUUGGUUGAAAUUGAAAUAUUUUCAUAUGAAUUUAAUGUUCUGUUUUUUUCGUAUUGUAACGUGAUUUUAAUGUUUACGGAAAUUUUUCUAAUGUUCAUGAAGUUUCCAGUAAAAUAAUUGCAUUUUUUACUUGAUUUCUGUUAAAAAUUCUGCAGAGGCUUUAAUUUUUAGUAAAUUCUCCUCGCGAUGAAUGUAAACAGUCGCCAGUUCUGUCCAGUUACAUUUUACCACUUCACUGCUGAUGUCAUCGUCACACACUGCUUCGUUAAGAAAAAUAUUACUCACUAUUAAGCUUGAAACAAUUCAGUCUGUCUCCUCGUUUGUAUUCACUGGUAUUCUUCUUCGUCUGCUUUGUAAUCAUGGAUAAUGAAUUGGAAGCCUCGUGCCACAUUGUUGAUAUAUAUUUUUUUUUAUGAAAUAGAAUGAUCAAAUGAAAUCGAAUAAAACUCUAUGGAUCGGA